AUGGCGAGGUCUAUUGCCGCCCUUCUGGGUAUGCUGCCCCUGCUUGCGCGCACUGUCUCCGCGCAGACGGUCCUUGCUCACUUCAUGGCGCAAGAGUCGUACUCCUACAGCCAGGAUGACUGGGCGAAGGACAUCUCUUCUGCUCAGUCCAUUGGCAUCGAUGGGUUCGUCCUCAACGUCGCACUCAGCGACUACGAGGUUGACCGCAUCGUUGACGCCUUCGCUGCCGCCGAGGCUGCGGGCUUCAAGCUUGUCUACUCUUUCGACUUUGCGGGCGGUCACUGGUCCCAGGACGAGGUCGUCUCCCUCAUCGCCGCGCACAAGGACUCGGACGCGAACUACAAGUGGCAGGACAAGCUCCUCGUGUCCACCUACAGCGGCGCGGACCAGGGCAACGACUUCUACCAGGGCGUCAAGGACUCGCUGUCCGGCCAGGGCGUCGAGAUCACCUGGGCGCCAGCGUUCGUGGACUACCGCGAGACGAGCAAGGCGCAGGAGGUGUUCUCGACGUUCCCGGCGAUUGACGGGUUCGUGAACUGGUGGUCGUGGCCGGCGGACGUGAACGAGGAGCUCACGACGGAGACGGACCUCGCGUACCAGUCAGCGGUCAAGGACGCCGGCCGUGGUGGUCCUUUCAUUAUGUCUGUCUCUCCGUGGCAGUUCAAGAGCCUUGGUGGUGACGGCUGGGUAGAGCAGAGUGACACGCUCUGGAACUACCGCUGGAAGCAGGCCGUCGACGAGGUCCACCCCGACAUCGUCGAGAUCGUCACCUGGAACGACUACGGCGAGGCGCACUACAUCUCUGACAUCAACUACAACGUCGACAUGGGCGACGCGCUCAACUACGUCAACGGCAUCGAGCACGGCGCAUGGCGCACGAUCGCACAGUACUACAUCUCGUGGUACAAGACCGGCAGCGCGCCCGCCAUCGAGGAGGACACCCUUGUCUACUGGUACCGCGUGCACCCCAAGGGCGUCAAGUGCGACGCCGGCACCGAGCCCCGCAUGGCCGACUUCCCCGAGGACGCCGUCUUCGCGCUCGCGAUGCUCGCCGACUCCACCGGCGAGGCGACGAUCUCCCUCGACGUCGGCUCGAGCCACAGCGAGUUCACCGCGAACGGCGGGAACCUCACGAUCGGGAAGGUGCCGUUCCCGACCGAGGAUGGCCAGACGCCGUACUUCACGAUCCUCAAGGACGGCCAGAAGAGCAAGGAGGGCUCGGGUAACCACAACAUUACGACUGCGUGCCCGUACUACAACUACAACCCCACCGUCGGGCAGCUGUGA